AUGGCCCCAAUUAACAAGAGUUGGAUGACAAUAAAAAAUAGAUUAAGCAGUAAGGAGUAUCAAGAAGUGGUUAAUUCAUUUAUUGAAUUUGUGAUGAGAAAUGUAGGCCUGGAGGAUAAGAUUCGAUGUCCAUGUAUCAAUUGCUUGAAUGACAAAAUACAUGUGAACCACAUUGUCAGGAUUCAUUUGAUUCGAAGAUGGAUGUCUCUUUCUUACAAGAGUUGGGUGCACCAUGGGCAACUAGUACCCGUGGCUAAACCUCUCAUACUGAAUGGAGGUCACCAUGACAUAUGUAGUCAAAUUGUAGGGGAAGAUCAAGAUGAUGAGGAUGAAUUGCCUACUAUGUUGGAAGAGGUUUUCAAGGGUUUUGCAAUGGAUGAUGAAGGGAACGAAUUACCUGCUAGUUUUGAGAGUGUGGAUGGGCGAAACUUUGAUAAGUUAUUUGAAGAUGGUCAACAUAAAUUGUACCCAGACUGCACAAGGUUCACUGUGUUGCCAUUUGUUAUUAAGAUGCUUCAUAUUAAGGUCUACAACAAGUGGAGCAACAACUCGUUUGAUAUGGUUAUGAAAGUUUUCAAAGCCACUCUACCCGAGUGUGAUGAGACUGUUCCAUGGACCAUAUAUGCUGCCAAAAAAUUCUUGAGUGACUUGGGUUUGGGCUACAUUCCCAUUCAAGCGUGUAGGUAUGACUGUGCACUGUUUUGGAAGGAGAAUGCAAAUCUUGAUAAUUGCCCCAAGUGUAAAGAGCCUAGAUACAAGUUGGACGACGGAAAGGGUAAGAAGAUCCCUCAAAAGAUAUUGAGGUAUUUUUCGUUGACAGCGAGAUUGUAUAUGUUCAAGAAAACCGCUACAGAUAUAAGAUGGCACAAGGAGAAACAUGUGGAUGAUGGAAUAUUGAGGCAUCCAGCUGAUGACGAGGCAUGUAAAGACUUUGAUUGCCAACAUCUUAUGUUUGCCAUGGAUCCACAAAAUGUAAGGCUAGGUCUUACCCCUGAUGGUUUCAAUCUAUUUAGAAAUAUGAGCACAUCAUGCAGUAUAUGGCCCGUUAUCCUAAUGCCUUACAAUCUCCUACCGUAG